UCACCGUUGAAAAUUAUUCAAGCGUCUACUUUAUGGCUGGCAGACGAACUGAGGAUAUAAAGAAUAUGGAAACGUCAAAAAGUUUUCAAAGUUUUACAACAGUUUCAAAACAGAUAAAUUUAUGAAACUUUGAAAGGGACUUUUAUCAACAAGGAUGAUUAACAUGGUCAACCCUUGAGGAUUAGAAACAGAUCAUAACAUUCCUUCUGUGAUACACCCUAAUUUGAAGACGAGUGGACUGUUCAGGAAGAUGGAGGCUGGAUAUGGAACAGUUAAAACUGAUGGAUAUAACUCUUCACAGACUGAUUCAGAAACAGAUCUGAUAGACAAGCAGAAAGGCAAGACAAAAUCAAAGAAAAAGUAUCCAUACUCAGUAUUUUUCAUUUUGUCAAAUGAAUUCUGUGAACGUUUCUCCUACUAUGGGAUGCGAGCAAUUUUGGUUCUGUACCUCACAAGAUGGUUGUCAUUUGAAGAGAAUCAAGCCACAUCAAUCUUCCAUGCAUUUUCUAUGAUGUGCUAUGCUAUGCCAUUGAUGGGAGCUGUUAUUGCUGAUGGAUACCUUGGUAGAUACAGGACUAUUUUAUACCUGUCUUGUGUGUACUUUGUUGGAAGUCUUGUCCUGUCACUGACAGCAUUACCCCCUCCUGAAUGGUAUGGACCAGCUGUAGGUUUGUUCCUUAUAGGAGUUGGUACAGGGGGAAUCAAGGCAUCUGUUGCUCCAUUUGGUGCUGAUCAGUUCUUACCUGGGCAGGAAAAAUGGCAAAACUCCUUUUUCUCAGCAUUUUACUUCAUGAUCAACCUUGGCAGCAUGAUCUCCACUUUUCUCACACCAAUACUUAGAGCUGAUGUGCAAUGUUUUGGUAAUGAUUGUUACGUCCUAGCAUUUAGUGUGCCGGCUGUACUCAUGCUCCUCUCUUUGGUGUUGUUUUUCCUGGGACGCAAUCAAUAUCAGAAAGUACCUCCGACUGGGAAUAUUAUUGGGAAGACAUUCAAAUGUAUAUAUUAUGGAGCUGUAGGGAAAAUGAAAAGAAAUAGAUAUGAAGAACCAAGAAGCCAUUGGUUGUACUAUGCUGAUGAUAAAUUUGAGUAUGGUUUCAUAGAAGAUGUGAGACAGCUGCUGAAGGUUUUGCUCAUGUUUGUGCCGCUGCCUUUGUUCUGGGCCCUCAGUGACCAACAAGGAUCAAGAUGGACACUUCAAGCAGAACACAUGGAUGGAAAUAUUGGAGCAUUAGGCACUGUGAAGCCAGAUCAGAUGCAAGCAUUGAACCCUUUAUUGAUACUUGCCUUGAUUCCAUUGUUUGAAAAAGUGGUGUAUCCAUUACUAGACAAGUGUAGGGUCCCUAACAGACCUUUGCAAAGAAUGGUUGCUGGACUAUAUAUAAGUGCAGCAGCAUUUGUGUGUGCUGGACUGGUACAACUGAAAAUUGAUGAGAGACUGGUGUUAUGUUCAUCAAACACCCUACCUUGCAAUGUUCAUAUAAAAUCACCCAUGUUCAGUGAGGAGUUAAACAGUUUGGGAAUGAGUGAUUUCAUUGUGACUGACAGUGGAAAAUACAAAAUGACUGCUGAAUCUAAGUGCAAAGGCCAGAAUUAUAAAUUUGAAAAGACUUUCCAGUGUUCAGAAUUGAAGGCAUAUAGAAUGAUAUUGUACUUUGAUGUGAACAAGGACUUGAAAUUGUCACAAUUUCCAGACCAGAGAGAUAAACCAAAACAUGGAAAUGCGGCAUUAAGUAUGUUUAGUACAGAUGAUCUAGUUGAUACUCUCACCAUUAUGUCUACAAGUGCAGAUGCUCUGUCGUCCUCAGAUAUAGGGAUACAUUUUAAUGUGACCCCUUUUAAAGCAACAGAUUUUAUGGAGGUGGAACCACUGCGAUAUAAGAUAUAUGAACUGAGUGUAGUAUUUUCAAAGUUGAUUGACACUAGUCCAGAAUUUACGCUUAAAGCAGGUGGUGUUUAUACAGCCUAUGUUCACAACAAUGGGACUGAGUCUGUUGUUCACCUGUUUGUGGAUGUAACAGAAAACACAGUUUCUAUGAUGUGGCUUAUACCUCAGUAUAUACUCAUCACCCUUGGAGAAGUACUGUUCUCAGUUAGUGGGUUGUCCUUUGCCUAUUCCCAGGCACCAACAUCACUGAAGUCUGUUGUUCAAGCAGUUUGGCUGGUUACAGUGUCAUUUGGGGAUCUGGUUGUGAUAAUUGUGGCAAAUAUACACUCGAUACCAUCACAGAUGGUUGAAUUCUUCAUAUUUGCUACCCUCAUGUUUGUUGACACUAUCAUAUUUAUGAUAAUGUCAAAGUUCUACACUUACAAAGCGAAUUCCCUUGACUACUGCGAGCUGGUUGAAGAAGCGCCAGAAAUUAAUGUUUCGGAAAGAUCUGGAGGAGAGGAGCAUCCAUUGAAGAGCAUGACUAUGCCAAAGCCUACUACUAAAACAAAACUUUAA